UUAAACAGUGUUCACUCUUGCUCUCUUGAAAUUCUGCGGCAAUUGAUUGAUCAACAAGACAUGCUGAGAAGCAGUCUUCACCGGCGUUCCCCUAAUUCCACCCUAAACCCUUCACCAAUACUAUCUCAAUUUCCCCCCUUUUCCCGAUAUUUUUCGAAUUCAAAUCAAGACCAAGAUGAAACUCACAGGGACCCUGACGCCCCUCCCCGCCUCUUCGUUGUGCAGCCAAGGCUCCGCCCUCAAACCCAUUUGAAGGCCAAGCUGGAGGAAGCCCUGAAUCUUGCUAAUUCUCUCGAGCAACAGCGUCACGAGUUUAGUGCCACGGAGUCUCCGGACAAUGAAAUGCCGCCGCAUCUCGUUGUCCAAAACCCCGCCGCCAAGUCACCUCGCGCCGAUACAUAUUUUGGACUUGGGACUGUGGAAACAGUUAAGUGCCACAUAACUAAUUUGGAAGACAAGGAAGAGGUGGAUGCUGUUUUUGUUAAUGCUACUCUUAGGGGUAUCCAGCAGCGGAAUCUGGAGAGGGCCUGGGGCAAGCCUGUCCUAGAUCGUGUUGGCCUCAUUAUACAAAUUUUUAAUGCUCAUGCUCAGACCAAGGAAGCUAAAUUACAGGCUGAAUUAGCAGCUCUGAUGUGUAAAAGAAGCAGACUUGUCCGAGUUCGUGGGCCCGAUGGGCGUAAUACAUUUGGGGGAUUUGGGGGAUCUGGAGAAAUAGAAGUUGUUAGUGCUAGAGGGAGAGCAAGCGGAGGGCGCGGUUUUAUCAGUGGUGCUGGAGAGACUGAAAUUCAGCUUCAAAGGCAAAGAAUCUUGGAAAGGAAGCAGAAGUUGUUAGCUGAAAUUGCUGAUGUUAGAAGAACUCGAGCCAUGCAGCGUGCUGCACGGAAAAGGCAUGAAAGGUUACCAGGACAAGAAAUCCCUACUGUUGCUGUAGUUGGCUAUACAAAUGCUGGAAAGUCUACAUUAGUUAGCAGACUCUCAAACACCUAUCUUUACUCCGAUGACCGAUUGUUUGCAACAGUUGAUCCUAAGUUAAGAAGUGUUAAGCUUCCAUCAGGGAGAAAAGUUCUGCUCAGCGACACAGUCGGGUUCAUCUCAGAUUUGCCUGUUCAGUUAGUGGAAGCAUUUCAUGCUACAUUGGAAGAGGUUAUCGAAGCUGACCUCCUAGUGCAUGUACUGGACUCGAGCGCUCCAAAUCUUGACGAAAACCGGGAGUCUGUAAUGGAAGUUCUUAGGAGGAUCAAUGUGCCUGAAGAGAAGCUCCAAAACAUGAUUGAAGUUUGGAAUAAGGUCGACCUUCUAGAGGAGAAAUCUGAGAUGUGCGAUCUUGAUGAUGAAGAAGAAGAAGAAGAUAUCGAUGCCACGUGUGAUCAACAUGAUGACAACCAAGUUAUCAAUUGUAACGACCCAGGUGAUCUUGAAGAGGACAUUUAUCACAAUCAUUCGGAUGACGAGCAAGAAUCCAGGCUUAGCUUCGAUGAUUGCUCCAAUACUGUCAACGGACACUUUUCAGGGGAAGAUGCGACGGCUAUAGCUGCUGAUAAUGGUUCUGAAUUUCAAUCAGAAUCAUCCGGACUUCUUGUCAAAACAUCUGCUGUAACUGGGGUCGGCCUACAACAACUGCUUGAGCUCAUCGACAGCAAGCUGAAACCAUGUCGAGCGGUAGAAAGGAAUAGCUUCUUCCAUAGUAAGUGGAGACCACCGCGUCGAGAAGAUAGCGAUAUAGCAGUCUGAGCGAUAGGAUUGCCUACUUUGGUUAGGUUUUGGUGCACAAUUUGACAUAUACAACCUUUGGUAAUGUAUCUUUCAGUUUGCAAGAUUAUAUUCUAUGAUUAAAUUUGAAUUGUGUUUGGUUCAUGAGAUUGAAUCUCAUGAUUUAAUCCUA